UUUGCGCUGCGACCCCGUGCCUGUAGCAUCAGUUCCAAGCGACUUUUCUGGAUCUUGCUGCUGCUGGCUACGAGAAUAAAACAACAAUGCACGGUUUACUGACGACCCUAUGACGAUGUGACAGCCAGCCGUGUCUCGGUGGUGUUGUGGAGCAGCGGAGCGGUGCAUGACCAAGCCGAAGGAGGUGGAGGAGGGCAGGCGGAGGGUCGGACCUCUUGAGUCGGCGGCUUGUCGGUGUCCGGGAUGGAGACCUGGACCCCCAAUCCCCGAGCCAAGCCUUUCAUCCCCCGCCAACAAAGAAGCUUGUACCUCACCUGGAAAUACAAACUAACCAACAAGAGGACGCUUCGUCGGUUCUGUCAGGCUGGCGCUGUUCUGUUUCUGCUGAUAACUGUCAUAGUCAACAUUAAACUCAUCUUGGACACAAGAAGAGUAGCUAAUGAAGAUGCAGCCGCACAAGAGUAUGAGGACACAAUCCCCAACAUGGAGACACCACGCAGGCCGGCUAAGGGACGCAAGGUCCUGGACAUUGAGGUGUACUCCAGCCGCUCCAAGGUCUACAUGGCAGUGGACGGCACCACUGUGCUGGAGGAUGAUAUGCGGGAGCAGGGCAGAGGCAUCCAUGUGAUAGUCCUCAACCAGGCAACUGGUCAUGUGAUGGCCAAAAGGAUAUUUGACACCUACUCUCCUCACGAGGAUGAAGCCAUGAUCCUCUUCCUCAACAUGGUGACCCGGGGCCGAGUCCUCAUCUUCACCAUUAAGGACGAGGGCACGUUCCAUCUGAAGGAUGCGGCUAAGAACCUGCUGAAGAGUCUGGGCAGCCAGGUGUCCCUCAACCUCAGCUGGAGGGACAUGUGGACUCUGGUGGUGAAGAAAGGAGGUCAGGUGUAUGGAGAGAAGCACUCCAAGUCUCCAGCUCUGUCCACCUGGGGAGACCCGGUGCUGCUGAAGACCGAGGUGCAGCUCACCGCCUCUGAAGAGGCAGAGUGCCACUGGACAGACACCGAGCUGAACAGGAGGAGGAAGCUCUUUUGCAGCAAAGUGGAAGGAUACGGCAGCAUCUGCAGCUGCAAAGACCCGGCGCCCAUCGAGUUCAACCCUGACCCUCUGCCCAACAAUAAUGUCUUCAAUGUCCCAGUGGCCGUCAUAGCAGGAAACAGACCCAACUACCUCUACAGGAUGCUGAGGUCGCUUCUUUCAGCGCACGGCGUCAACCCGCAGGUCAUCACCGUCUUCAUCGACGGAUAUUACGAGGAGCCGAUGGAUGUCGUCGAGCUGUUUGGACUGAAGGGAGUUCAGCACACACCCAUCAGCAUCAAGAAUGCCAGAGUGUCCCAGCACUACAAGGCGAGUCUGACUGCAACCUUCAACCUUCACCCAGAGGCCAACUAUGCCAUCGUCCUAGAAGAAGACCUAGACCUCUCCAUCGACUUCUUCAGCUUCCUGAGUCAGACCGUGCACCUGUUGGAUGAGGAUGACAGCCUGUACUGUAUCUCAGCCUGGAACGACCAGGGCUAUGAGCACACAGCCGAGGACCCGGCCCUGCUGUACAGAGUGGAGAGCAUGCCCGGCCUGGGCUGGGUGCUGAAGAAGAGCCUCUACAAGGACGAACUGGAGCCAAAGUGGCCAACACCUGAAAAGCUGUGGGACUGGGACAUGUGGAUGCGAAUGCCGGAGCAGAGGAAAGGCCGAGAGUGCAUCAUCCCCGACGUGUCCCGCUCGUACCACUUUGGCAUCAUCGGCUUAAACAUGAACGGAUAUUUCCAUGAGGUAUACUUCAAGAAACACAAGUUCAACACUGUUCCCAAUGUGCAGCUGAAGAACGUCGAAGGCUUAAAGAGAGAUGCUUAUGAAGUGGAGAUCCAAAGCCUGCUGAAGGAAGCGGAGGUGCUGGACCACACUAAGAACCCGUGUGAGGACUCGUUCCUGCCAGACUCGGAGGGGAAGACCUACGUCAUGUUCAUAAAGAUGGAGACCGAGGUGGACACAUCCACCUGGACGGAGCUCGCCAAGUGCCUCCAUGUUUGGGACCUGGAUGUUCGGGGAUACCACAGAGGAAUGUGGCGGCUCUUCAGAAAAAGGAAUCAUGUCCUGGUGGUCGCCGUGCCAAUCUCCCCAUACUCUGUGAAGAAACCCGCCGGCGUUACUCCCAUUCACUUAGAGCCUCCACCCAAAGAAGAGGGAGCACCGGUGGAGCAGAUGUAGACACACACACACACACACACACACACACACACACCUCGACCAGCCCAGGCCUUAACUCUUCUCUCUCCACCAACAACCACUGAUCAUCCAGCCGGGGGACCCACAACUACAAAACUGACUUUUUUCCUAAGUGUUGAACUUGUGUACCAGAGGAUACCUGGGAAAUGGAGUCCCCAUUUUUGUUUCUUUCUUAUAUUGAAAUGAAAGGGGGCAUUAACACUACAAACUGCACUACAAUAUCCGUCCAACAGCUGGAGGAGGAACGACGAUGCUAAAAAAACUGUUUUGGUUGAACGUGACUGAACGACCGAAACAGUAUAUGACUGUCAACAGCUUUUUUUUUUUUCAGUUUCCGUGACAACUGUGGGCCGAUCCGCGGUUUGGUGAAUAUCAAUUCUACGGUGCAAAUGACACAAAGGCACACUCGCCAGAAUUUAGCCCGUUUUCUUCCUUUCGUUUGUUGUUUUUUAACUGAGUGCUUUGUUCAUUUUGUACUUAUGUUUUAACUUAUCUAUUUAUUUUACAUCUAUCAAUCCUAAAGGAGUUUCAUAGUUUGCAUUUUAUCAUUUUAGAAAUCCACUUUUAUCAAGAUCGGUGCAUGUUUUUUUUUUUAAGAGCCUAACGUUUACAGAUAAUGAAAUAAUAAUGUAUAUACAUGCCUAAUAUAUUUUUUUGAUAAAAAUUAAAAGGGUUUGCAUAUUUUUCAGCGUUUUAGAUAUUGAGUUGAUAACAGCCCUGUGGGUUUUGACUAUUGUUGACUGCUUGGAUCAGUUGCCUCGGAUCAGCUUUCAUGAGGGGAAACUCGAUGGUGGCUGAAAGAGAGAAACAUGAGAAAAUAUUCCCCGAUUCAACAUCCUCUUCUAUUAGAAACCCUCAUACAGUACGCCUGCUCUUACAGCGGCGCUUUAACCCUCCUGUUGUCUUCCCGUCACCAUUAACUUGUUGUCCUUCCGGGUCUAAACUGAAAAGGAUAUUUUUUUUGUGUGCUUUUUCCAACGUUUUAGUAUGCCUUUGAUGCAGUUUUAAACCUUGUCACUUUUUUCAACACUUGUUUUAUUCAUCAAACAAACCAAAUUUAAAUGACAUUAUACCUAGUUUUUUAGUUAAAAAAAAAGCUGAAAUUAUAAAUUAUUUUGACUAAUAGUUAAAGUCCGAGGAUGUUGAGUAGACAAUCACAUACUAGUAUAUGUUUAGUCCGUAUACUGUUUUAAAACCCUUUUUACAAUUAGUUUUUGAAAUGCUAUAAAAUUAAAUAAAACACCCAAAAUUCAAUGGAAGUAAUUAUUAAUGUUACCUGCGAAGAACGUUGUAUGGCUUCCAUACAACGCACAUAUGCAUCCAAGUUAUGUUUGGGCAAGUUGGAUGAAAGAAACUCAUAUUUCUGAUACAAUAAAAACCUUAGAAAACGGGUCAAACUGGACCCGAGGACAACACAAGGGUUAAGUGCAAACAAAACGAGAAGAAACAUCCCUAUUAUGUAUUCUAUACAUUUGAUCAGCUGGCUCCUGAAUUAAAUUUAAAAAAUCAGUUCAUUUUCAUUCUAAUUAAAGUUCUUUCCCAGCUACACAAACUGCAUACACAAAACAGUAAUUGGUCUGCUUGGUUAAAUUUAGAAAUGUUUGUAUUAAAGUUGCUAGCUGGAAAAGUAUUGUUUUGGUGUUUAGUGGUGAAAGUCCGGCAUCAGCACCGAUACCCAGACGUAACCACACCACAAAAUAAAAGUGGAAACAUUUGACAAGAGUCAAAAAUGUAAGGUGGUAUAAUAUAUUCUGGUAGCCUGGGAAAACCCUGAUUUACUUCCGGCAAACUUGAGAUUUGCUCUGUCUGGCCAAGAGCCCAUUCAAGCCCAUUUUCAAUUUUUCCAAAUCGAGGCACCAAUCACAACCGUUGAGGCGCUUUACACGAUGACGAUAGCGCAGCAAUGGC